AUGCAUAUCAAGAACCACGCCGAACUCCCUUCCACCAUUCUACGGGAACUGGAACUGAUGCACAGAGACCUUCAACUCACCAAUGGAAAUGAAGUGGAGAUAAGUGGUGUGAUAUGGAGAGCGGGUCAAGGAGUAGAUGUCAGCCCUUCAAAAGUAAUGAGGUCAAUGAGUGGAGUAUUUGAAGUUAUAUUAAUGCUUUUGGUCCCAUUCCUCUCGAUCGAUGAUUCUGGACAUCUCUUCGUUUCAUGA